UGCUAAGCGAAGUUGAGAAUACGCAUGCGCACUCGAGUGGGCCGGUGGAGGGGGGAACAAGAGAUUUGGGGUUGGUCUUUGAGAAUGGUUACGGAGGAGCAUGCGCGGUAGGUGCGCUGGCGUUUCUGGUCCGAAGCAACGCAUGGGGGGGAAAGGACGAAGAAGCCGCAGCUGUGGGGUGGAGGAGGGGGCGCUCAAGCAGCUGAAGAGCUGCCCCCUUGGCUGACUGCCUGAUUCCUCUAUUGUCACGUGCUGCUCAGAGUCACCAUGUCGGGGCUUGCAAACAAGCGGGCAGCUGGGGACGGGGGCUCCGGGCCACCUGAGAAAAAAGCCAACAGGGAGGAGAAGACCACCACUACCCUGAUAGAGCCCAUCCGUCUAGGAGGCAUCUCUUCCACGGAGGAGAUGGACCUCAAGGUGCUGCAGUUCAAGAACAAGAAACUGGCUGAGCGCCUGGAGCAGCGGCAGGCCUUUGAGGAUGAGCUGCGUGAGCGCAUAGAGAAGCUGGAGAAGAGGCAGGCCACUGACGACGCCACCCUCUUGAUUGUCAACCGCUACUGGAAGCAGCUAGAUGAGACAGUGCAAGUGCUACUAAGACGGUGUGAUGGAGAAUGUGGCCAGACUCUUGAGGAACCCAAGUUGGAGAUGGCAGGGGCCGAGUUGGAUGCUACUCUCCUAGGGCCGGAGGGACUGGAGAGGAGAGAGGUGGUCCUGUCCCCCAUUACUCCACCUGCCCCGUGGAAGGCCAGGGGCCUUGCGUUGAAUGAGCCAGCCCUUUCCUUCUUGGCCACCUUGGCCAGCAGCAGCAGUGAGGAGAUUGAGCUGCAGCUUCAAGAGCGCAUGGAGUUCUCCAAAGCCGCCGUCUCCCGCAUCGUGGAGGUCUCGGACAAGAUCCACCGGCGCACUGAGGAACUCUGCCAGAAGAUCCAUGCCCGUGUGGAGUUUGACCAGCUGGAAGAAGCGGUGAAGUCUCUCAACAAGGAGCUGAUGAGAGAGAACCGGCACUUGCAGGACUUGACCACCCAGCUGCAAGAGAAGCACCACAAGAUCUCCUUGGAGUACACGGAGCUGCAAGACAAGGUGACCUCAUCGGAGACCAAAGUGCUGGAGAUGGAAACAACCAUCGAGGACUUGCAGUGGGACAUCGAGAAGCUGCGCAAGCGGGAGCAGAAGCUGAACAAGCACCUGGCGGAGGCCCUGGAGCAGCUAAACUCUGGCUACUAUGCAUCAGGCAGUUCUGGUGGGUUCCAGGGUGGACAGAUCACUCUUAGCAUGCAGAAGUUUGAGAUGCUGAAUGCGGAGCUGGAGGAGAACCAAGAACUUGCCAACAGUCGCAUGGCGGAGCUGGAGAAGCUGCAGCAGGAAAUGCAGCAGGCUGUUAGGACCAAUGAGAAGCUCAAGGUGGCGCUGCGGAGCCUGCCCGAGGAGGCCGUGAAGGAGACGCUGGAGUACAAAGUGCUGCAGUCUCAGUUCUCACUGCUGUACAAUGAGAGCCUGCAGGUGAAAACGCAGCUGGACGAGGCCCGGGCCCUUCUGCUCACCACCAAGAACAGCCACCUGCGCCACAUUGAGCACAUGGAGAGCGAUGAGCUGAACCUGCAGAAGAAGUUGCGAACAGAGGUGAUCCAGCUGGAGGACACGCUGGCCCAGGUGCGCAAGGAAUACGAAAUGCUGCGCAUUGAAUUUGAGCAGAACUUAGCUGCCAACGAGCAAGCUGGUCCCAUCAACCGAGAGAUGCGUCACCUGAUCAGCAGCCUCCAGAACCACAACCACCAGCUGAAGGGCGACGUGCAGCGGUAUAAGCGGAAGCUUCGGGAAGUGCAGGCGGAGAUCAACAAGGUUCGGCUACAACAAAGCGGCUUUUCCUCCAGCUCUGCAGCCGCACCCUCUACACCAGGGGGUGAGGACCCUGUCUCACUGCUAGGGCCCCUGGGGGUCACCACCAUGAAAGAAGAGGAGGGAGCAGUGCUUCUGGAGGUGAAGAAGGAGCCCAAGGAAGUGCAAGUGAAGAAAGAGCCCAAGGAGGAGAUGGUGACAUCCCAGCCCCUUGGGGUCCACGAGGGGGUGAAAAAGGAGGAAGAAGAGCCGCCUGCUCUCCAGCCCCCUGCACCGCAGCCGCCCCCGCCCCCCCGAGCCAAGGAAGCUGAGCGGUCCAAGGGGCGCGGUGGAGAACGGGGUGGGGACCGCGAGAGAUCGCGGGACCGGGACAAAGAGACCUCCUCCUCCUCGUCUUCCUCCUCGUCCUCUUCCUCGCGGGAUCGGGAGAAACAGAAGGGUGGCGGGGGCACCGAGGACCCCAAGAAAAAAGAUUCUGAUCUGCUCAAACAGCUGCGGGCUGAACUCAAGAAAGCUCAGGAGAGUCAGAAGGAGAUGAAGCUCCUCUUGGACAUGUACAAGUCAGCACCGAAGGAGCAGCGGGACAAAGUGCAGCUCAUGGCUGCGGAGAAGAAGACCAAGGCGGAGGUGGAGGAGCUGCGGGUGAGGAUCCGUGAGCUGGAGGAGAAAGAGAAGAAAGAGAGCAAGAAAAUGGCUGACGAGGAUGCCCUGCGCAAGAUCAAACUGGCGGAAGAGCAGAUUGAGCAUCUGCAGAAGAAGCUGGCGGCAACCAAGCAGGAGGAGGAAGCUCUCCUGUCCGAAAUGGACGUGACAGGCCAGGCUUUCGAGGACAUGCAGGAGCAGAAUAUGCGCCUGAACCAGCAGCUGCGCGAGAAGGACGACGCCAACUUCAAGCUGAUGUCGGAGCGCAUCAAGUCCAAUCAGAUCCACAAGCUGCUGCGUGAGGAGAAGGAUGAGCUGGCUGAGCAGGUGCUGGCCCUCAAGUCUCAGGUGGACACCCAGCUGUUGGUGGUGCAGAAGCUGGAGGAGAAGGAACGUGUCCUGCAGGGGAAUCUGGGCACGGUGGAAAAGGAGCUCACGUUGCGCAGCCAGGCGCUGGAACUCAACAAGAGGAAGGCAGUAGAGGCUGCCCAGUUGGCAGAGGACCUGAAGGUGCAGCUGGAGCAUGUGCAGUGUAAGCUGAAGGAGAUCCAGACCUGUAUGGCUGAGAACCGGGCAGCCAAGGAGAAGGAAUCUUUCAAUCUCAAAAGAGCUCAGGAGGACAUAUCACGCUUGCGGCGCAAGCUAGAGAAGCAGCGCAAAGUGGAGGUGUACGCAGAUGCUGAUGAGAUAUUGCAGGAGGAGAUCAAAGAGUACAAGGCCAAGCUUACCUGCCCCUGCUGUAACACACGCAAGAAGGAUGCUGUCCUCACCAAAUGCUUCCACGUCUUCUGUUUUGACUGUGUCAAGACGCGCUACGACACCCGCCAGCGGAAAUGCCCUAAGUGCAACGCAGCCUUUGGUGCCAAUGACUUCCACCGCAUCUACAUCAGCUGAGCGCCUAGGCCCAAUUUUCUACCCAAGGGACCCUUUCCACAGACUCUGCUUGGAUCCCAUAGGUUACCUUGUGAAGACUCAUCCCCACCAGUUCUCUGGCUGUAGUCUGGAUCCCUUUCCAAGCAUCUAAAAUAUUUUACGAGGUUUCCUUUUCAGUGGUUUACUUUCCUUCCUCUCUCCCUGCCGUUAGACUUCCUGGGUCUGUUUACUGGUUUCCUUCUGGGUAUCACUGGAUCCUCUUCCUGCAUCCUGAAGGAUUCGCUCUGCUGCUUUUCUUUUCAGCCUUUCCCAAAUGGGCCCCUCCAAGAUACUUUGGAUCUUUUUUCCUCCAUUUUGAACACUUACGACAAGGAGAUCCCCAACCACUGUCUGCAGGCAGCAGUCAUGCAGAUCGAAUGCACCCUGUUGGAGAGGUGCAUUCUUAUUCAUAAUUAUUUUGAGAAUGGUUUUGAGUGUUUUAGAAGUAAAAGUUGGAGACGAUCUGCUCCUGUGGGAUCCCUCUGUUCCUCUGCA